AUGGAGCUGGCGGCGGCGCCGCCGGGCGGCCCCUGCGCGGAGAUGCUGCAGGUGGCGGAGGAGGCUUUCCGAGGCGGGCGGUUCGCGCUGGCGGCCGAGCUCCUGGGCUCGCAGCUGGCCGCGCGGCCCCAGCCCGAGCGGGGCCUGUGGCUGCGGCGCGGGGAGGCGCUGGCGCGCGCCGGGCGCGCGGCCGAGGCGCUGGAGUCCUACGGCGCGGCCGCCCGGCUGGCCCGCCUGCGGCCCGAGGAGCUGCGCCCGCUGGCCGAGAGCUGCGCCCUCGCCCUGCGCGCCCAGGGGGCCGCGGGGGACCCCGCCUGCUGCCGCCCGCCCGAGCCCCUGGGCUGCCCGGCGUGCCGCCGCCUGCUCUGCGAGCCCGUGGCUUUGCGCUGCGGACACACCCAGUGCAAGCGCUGCGCCCUGGGCGGCGGAGGGCAGUGCGCCCCUUGCGCGCCGGGCGCCCCGCCGCCGCCGCCCGCCGCCCCUCUGCGCGUCAACGUGGUGCUGGGCGGCGUGCUGGAGAAGUGGUUCCCGGGCGAGAGCCGCGCGCGCCGGCUGUGCGCCGAAGGGGACGCGUCGUGGGAGAGGCAGGAGCUGGCCGCCGCCCUGGACAAGUACGACCAGGCCCUGGAGCUGGUUUCCUGUAAAUGUUCGUUGAUAGCACAACGGGCAGAACUCUGUACAGCUAUGAAGAAUUAUCAGCAAGCCCUUUAUGAUGCAGAGGUCCUCUGUCGAAAUAAACCCCACUGGCCUAAGGGUCAUUAUUUGAAAGCAAAAGCUCUUUCUGGCUUAGGAAGGAUUGAAGAAGCAUUGAAGGAGUUUCUUUAUUGUGUUGCCUUAAAUCCUGAAUGGAGUUCAAUGAAGAUGGAAGCCCAAAAGAUCAUGUGUGAGAUGUUUUUUCCAGCCUUUGAAAAUGUGCACGAUACUCUAACAACUCCUUUUUGCAAUCGGACCUCUUAUACAAGGUUGAAGCCUGCAUUUCUAAGUAGCAUAAAUACACAGUCUUCUGCAGAGGAUGGGCUAACUGAAGAGAGCUCAAAGGAGACUGUCUUGAGGUUAACAAAAAACCCGUCCCAAGAGACUGAUGUAUUUCGAAAUACUGAUUCUUCUGUUUCCCAUCAUAUACUGGAUUCGUAUUUUGAAGAUAAAAAAAGUCUGGAAACAGUCCUCUCUAAUCUACCUGGUGCAAGCUUAAAAAGAAAGUUUUCUAGUGAUGCUGGAAAUCUACAGAACUUAGAUGUCCCUAGCAAAAUUCCUAGAAAAGAUGGGGCUACUACGUGUGCAAACUCCUCCACUCUUCCCUUAAAAGUGAUACCUGCAAACCUCGUAGAUGCGUCUGACUUUGAGUGUUCCCUCUGUAUGAGGUUAUUUUAUGAGCCUGUCGCAACUCGUUGUGGACACACAUUCUGCCUCAAAUGCCUUGAACGUUGUAUGGACCAUAAUCCUCACUGUCCACUAUGUAAGGAAGAGCUCUCUGAGUUUUUGGCAAGUAGAACUUAUAAAAAAAACAUCCUUACUGAAGAGUUAAUAGUACGUUACUUACCAGAAGAGUUGUCCGAAAGGAAGAAAGUUUACGAAGAAGAAAUGAAGGAAUUGUCAAAUUUGAAUAAAGAUGUUCCCAUCUUUGUGUGCACCAUGGCUUUCCCUACCAUCCCCUGCCCUCUUCAUGUCUUUGAACCUCGCUAUCGGUUAAUGAUAAGAAGAUGCAUGGAAACUGGAACCAAGCAGUUCGGCAUGUGUUUAGCGGAUGAGUUGAAAGGGUUUGCCGAUUAUGGCUGCAUGCUAGAGGUCAGGGAUGUGAAGUUUUUCCCCGAUGGCCGUUCAGUUGUUGAUACGGUUGGCGUUCGACGUUUCAGAGUUUUGAGCCAUGGUCAACGAGACGGGUACAAUACUGCAAACAUUGAAUAUCUGGAAGAUAAAAAGGUUGAAGGAGCAGAGUAUGAAGAACUUGUCCGACUUCAUGAUUCUGUGUAUGAUCAAGCUGUUGCAUGGUUUACUUCUCUUAAGGACAAUAUGAAAGCACAAAUUUUAAACCACUUUGGAUCAAUGCCAGGGAAAGAACCUGAGCCACAGAGCAGUCCCAGUGGUCCGGCUUGGUCUUGGUGGCUGUUAGCAGUAUUGCCGCUAGAGAAUAGGGCCCAGUUGGCCAUUCUUGCUAUGACUUCGCUGAAAGACCGGCUUAUUGCUAUACGACGUGUAUUAAUAUUUGUGAUGCGCAAAAGACCCAGAUGACAUCGCCUUAUUUGUGACUGGACACUGCAACCCACUUGUUGCAAAAGCUCGUUUAAAAUGA